AUGGAAAAGGAUCAUGCUAACCGCUCUAAGCAGCUUGCUUUUAGCUUAUCUAAAUUCGAUGACUGGAAGGUCAGAAUGCAGGCUCUUCUUUGCUCUAUCCAUGACAAAAUGUGGGAUGUAAUCACCACUGGACCAAUCACAGUCAUGAUGGCAAACACACAAGCUGCAGCUCAAGGAGCCGGCGCUGAGCAGAUGAUACCGAAACCAAAGUCACAGCUCACCUCGGAAGAAAGAACAAGGGCGAACCUGGACAAUGUAGCACGAAACAUUCUUUACAACUCUCUCGACGAUUCCUUGUUCCCCAGAGUUCGAAAAUGCGAGAAUGCCAUGGAGAUCUGGAACGUUCUAAUGAACCUGGGUGAAGGUGAUGAACAGGAGAAGGACAACAAGCUGACAGUGGCUAUGAAGAAGUUUGAAGACUUCAAGAUGCUGCCAAAUGAAACUGUCAUGGACAUGGAACUUAGGUUCACCAGACUCAUGGGUGAUUUGACAUAUCUUGGAAAGGAAAUGACAUAG